CUUCAGCAUCAGCUGAUGUCAAAGUAUGGGAUUUACAGGCAGGCAUAGAAAGCGCAAAACUCAAAGGAAAAGCCGCUACAAGUAGUGUUCCAGAACAGCUAUUUGGUGUCGAAGUAGCUUCUUUUACAGUUGCCGAUUUGUCGACAGCUGUCAAUGUGACAUUUGAAAGUGCACAUUAUUCUGAGAUAAAAGGAAUCGCAUUUUCGCCUUUUAAUUCACACUUAAUGUGUAGCGGUGGUUUGGAUAAACGUAUCGUUCUGUACGAUGUUGGUAAAAAAACAACUUUGAAAUCUAUACAUACAGAUACACCUCUGACGGCAUUGGGAUUUAAGGCUGAUGGAGUAACUGUAGCUGCAGGCACACUUCAGG